GGAGCCGAGUCCGCUUUUUGCCAACGGCGCGGGCCCUGUGAGCAGCUCCUGGGCGCCUCCGAGGGUAACGGCGACUCGAGAACGCCGUCCGGAGCGGCGAGGGAGGCCGGAAGACCCCACCAUGCAGGGCAGUACGAGGCGUGUGGGCUCCAUGACUGACGUCCACAGGCGGUUCCUCCAGCUGCUGAUGACUCACGGGGUGCUGGAGGAGUGGGAUGUCAAGCGCUUGCAGAAGCACUGCUACAAGGUCCACGACUGCAGCGCUCCGGUGGAGAAGCUGGAGGAUUUCAUCAGCAACAUUAACAGUGUCUUGGAGUCCUUGUACAUUGAGAUAAAGAAAGGAGUUACUGAAGACGACGGGAGACCCAUUUACGCGCUAGUGAAUCUCGCAACGACUCCCAUUUCCAAAAUGGCCUCAGACUUUGCAGAGAACGAACUGGACCUGUUUCGAAAGGCUUUGGAACUGAUCGUUGACUCGGAAACUGGCUUUGCCUCUUCCACAAAUAUUUUGAACCUGGUUGACCAACUGAAGGGCAAGAAGAUGAGGAAGAAGGAAGCUGAGCACGUGCUGCAGAAGUUUGUCCAAAGCAAGUGGCUGAUUGAGAAGGAGGGGGACUUCACCCUGCACAGCCGGGCCAUCCUGGAGAUGGAGCAGUACAUCCGGGAGACGCACCCUGACGCCAUGAAGGUCUGCAACAUAUGCCACAGCAUUCUCAUCCAGGGUCAAAGCUGUGACACCUGUGGCAUCCGGAUGCAUUUGCCUUGUGUGGCCAAGUACUUCCAGUCCAAUUCAGAGCCGCGCUGCCCCAACUGUAAUGACUACUGGCCCCACGAGAUACCAGCUGGGACAGGAAGCACCCCUGCCCGGAAUGCUGAGUCUCUGAAGUGACAGAAUGCUGCAUGUGCUGUGGGAACAGCCUGGGGCCGCAGAAGGCUGGGCGCAGUGAUAUGCAACUCACAGUUGCACCACGAGUGUACACCCAGCAUACAAGGACGGGUCUACGCAGAAUCUCGUACAAGAAUUACAGCAGCACUGGUCUCAGUCGCCAGGAGUGCACACCCUCAGGUGGCCAUCCACUGUUGCAUGGUAAGCAAAAUGUGCCGUGCACACAUGGCAGUGUCAUUCAGCCGUAAAAGGACCGAGUCCUGGCACCCGCUACCACGUGGAUGGACCUGAGCACGUGACGCUCAGUGAGAAGCCAGACACAGGAGGCCACAGUGUGUGACUCCAUUCAUAUGACAUGUCCAGACAGGCACAACCACAGAUAGGAAACAGAUCAGUGGUUGCCUGGGGCUGGCGGCCAUGGGGAAUGGGGGUGGCUAGUAACUAGUAUGAAGUUUCUUCUGGAGUCAUGAAAAUGUGCAGCAUGACACAGUGGUGAUGGGUGCACAAUCUCAGAAUCCAGUCAAAACCAUGGAAAUACACGACAAAAAGGUAUUUGGAAUGGGUCUAACCUGCCUGCCCAGCAGCCUGCCCUCCUCACUCUGGCCAGCCUGCUGACCGAAAGACUGACCUCUCCAAAACCCUCCAGUGCGACAACGCAUGGUUCUUAGCCCAAACGGAAGGUGUUGUGCCCUUGAGUAUUAG